GGUUCGCUUUGCAAAACGCAGGGCGUUUCUCACCGUUUUCGGACUAAGUAUGCCUUCAGGAUGCAUCUCUGACGGUGCUUCUCUAAAGUCAAACCAUCGAGAGUCUCUGAAUGUGGAAAGCGACACAACAGCUUCUGACAUUUCUGAGGAUGAAAUGCAGAACCCAAAGGGAGGAAAAGACGCUGACUGCCAACUUUGUGAAGGAGCCCAUGUUUCUGGGCCUGUCUUGGAAAAUCUGACGGGCGAUUGUCAAGAUUCUUUACAGAAAACAACAUCAUCAAGUCUUAGAAACACUUGCCAUGAAAGCAACAGACCUCUCUCUGUAGCUAGCUGGAAUGAACCUUCGAAUGUGGGCACGAUGUUUUUCCCAGAGAAGGAGUCCAUAGGCAAAGAAGAGCCAGCACACCAAACGAGAAUGCUGGGCUGGCUAGAAGAAAACGUGAAGGGAGAAGACACCAUUAAAAAAAAAUUGUGGGAAUCUGAGAAAGAAAAAGUGUCACUGUCAGAACAAUUAUCAGUUAAAUCCCUUGUAUUUCCUCAUGAAAAGCCAUUUGUAGAAAUGGGGGAGUCGCUACUAGAUUGCAUUAUUAAAGAAUCCCCCAUAAAAGAUGUAUCUUAUUUUCUCACUCAACCCCAUGGUUCUCUGUUCAAGAUGCAUCCAAGUUUUGGUACCGAGGAACUGUUUUCUGGAGAGGAUAAUCUGAACCUGGCUGGCAAAGCUCCCAGUCCAAAAGGAAAUAUGGCAGUCACUGGACAACAGCUUGACCCUUCAAACACCUGGAGGGAGAGCAACAAUAGUUUUUCUCCUGGUUCCUUGUAUGAGAACGUUAUGUAUAAACCAGCUCUGAUGCAGUCAAACAGAGAAGUGAAAAGAACUAUAAAGAACCAUGUAAUUGAUUACAACAAAAGAGGAAGCGCUGACAGAGAGUUUCCAUCAGAAUCUGAACAACUUAAAGCUGAUAAGAAAUCUUUACGCCAUCAUUCUGAGACAUCACUUGCUCCUAAGGAAGACUACAAGCAAGGAGGCACAAGGAAUAAAGUGAUCCUCUCCACUCGUAAAACAGGGAGCCCCUGUCUAAGCCCUUAUGAAGCAUCCUCAGACAUGUAUGAGGCACAGUAUUCCAAGUACCACUUGGAGAAACUACCAUUUCAGGAGGAAAUCAUGAACUUUAGUGGGGUCAUCAAGGAGCUAGAGCAAGGCCAGCAAAAACAAACCCAAAUCAUAGAUCUUCAGUGUGAUGAUAAGCUUUUGAAGAAGGUUAAAGACAGGGGAAAACUGUUGCUCAGGGAAGGGGAUUUACAUCUGGAUGAAGUGACAAAGAGAAUGAGGCAGAAUCAGAAUAAACAGCCAACUCAAAUCAUUGAUUCUUACUCUGAAACCAUUUCUCUGGAGACCAGUUUUAAAGAGUUGGAGACAAAACCUGUUCAGCAAUGGCAUUUUGAAGAAACUGUAAACAAGCUGAAGAAGGAUACUGAAGAUCUAAGUGAAGGAAAAGGCAAGGUCACAAAAGAGAAAAAUGAGGAUAAGAGGUGGCUGGUAGUCAUGCAGGAAGCUUUAUCCAAUGCCACCAAACAUCUUGAGGAAGUUGGGACUGAAAAAAAAGCCCUUUUGCAGCAGGUAGAAGAACUUAAGUCUGCAUAUUGUCUCCUUCAAAAGAGGCAUGAGGCAGAACUGAAGACCAAGUCUAGGAGACAGUACUUGGAGAGGGACCAUACCGUACACAGGAAAGAAAAAAAGAUGAGGGAACUACAGCAUCUCAGACAAAAACUGGAACAUGAGGCUGAGACUGUCACUUCAGCUCUGCAUAGGCUAAGGCAGGAGAAGGAGAAUACAGAGAAAGGGCUCCUGUCCUUGCAGACAAAAUUUCAGGGAGUAAAGGAUGGCAGCUUGGCAGCAAGGCAACAGCUGGGAUCCAAAUAUAAAAAGCUGGCUGCUCAGCUUAAAAUUCUGCAAGUAGAAUUUGAAAAUGAACAAGCCGAAAGGGAGAAAAUGCAACAGCAGAUCUGUGAAUUCAGAAUAGAGAACCAAAAGCUGCAGCAACGGAGUGCGAAAGACCAAGAACGAAACCGCAUCCUACAGCUUGAAAGUGCCAGGUGGAAAAAUAAAUAUGAUAAAGUCAGAGGCUCACAGACAGCCAAGGGUGAAAUAGAAACGUGCAUUACCAACCAAGUCCUACUUACACACUUUCUGUGGACGUGAGCUGUGCAUAUGCAGCUCUGUAACAGUGGAUUAAUUUUGCCCAUGAAACAACUUGCAAACAUAUAAUGUUGCACAAGCAUUAAAUCAAAAUAGUUAAGUGUAAAUCCUAUGCUGAACAUCAAGGUCCUGUUUACAUGUAAUUAAAAAAAUCCCAAAAUAAAUGUAGAGUCUAACAUGCAGAAGUAGGAUGAGGCAUUGUCUCCCAUUCCAUCCUCCAAAAAAAGUGGACUUUUUUUCCUUGCCCUCUUACUUUACGUCAGGUGGAAGCAAUGAAGCAUAUGAGGAA